AUGUUAACUAAACUGUUCUUUGUUUCACUUAUUGCAUUAUGUGCAGUCGUCUUCGCACAUUUACCCAUCCCAGGUAAAUCGGUCACCACUCCAUUUGGCAAAGCAGGUAGUUGGGCAGCUGGCUAUCACACUGGCGACGAUUAUGCAUGUCCAAUUGGAACAAGUGUUCGCGCAACAGCCAGUGGCACAGUAAUAAACGCCAACUGGGGUGCUGAUUAUGGUACUCACAUUGUUAUUGAAUCUUCCGAUAAAAUUCGUCAACUCUAUGCACAUUUGAGUAAGAAAUCGGUCAGUGCUGGACAAAAAGUUCAAGCAGGACAAGAGGUGGGGAAAAGUGGAAACACUGGAAGAUCAACUGGACCACAUCUUCAUUAUGAAGAACGAGUUUCUCCAUAUGCCUAUAAAAAUCAUCGAAAACCACAGUUAAACAAAGCGCAUUAG